UGUUCAUUGGUUGAAGCCCUCGUCUCAGAAGCAAUCAGACGUCCCUUGUCCACUGGGGCUAAUGGUACUGAAACGGUAGUAGCUAGCAUUUUUAGGAGGGGCGGAUACAUUGACACAUUGUCUGGCAAUCUUGACAUACAAAGUGGAUGCCUCUAUGCCACAGCGAAAUAUACCUCUUCAAAUUUGCACAAGCAGACUUCAGCCAUGGCCACGACAGGCACAGGCGCAACUGAGCCAAACCGUCCAGGCCCCCAGAGGAAGAUGUCCACCACAGGGGAAAGCUUGUACAAGGUGCUCGGCCUGGAGAAAGGAGCUUCCGCUGAGGACGUCAAGAGAGCCUACAGGAAACUAGCGUUGAAGUACCACCCAGACAAGAACCCAGACAACCCGGAGGCUGCAGAUAAGUUUAAAGAGAUCAACAACGCCAACUCCAUCCUGAACGAUGACGGCAAGAGGAGGAUCUACGACGAGUACGGCUCCAUGGGCCUCUAUGUGUCCGAGCAGUUUGGAGAGGAGAGCGUUAAAUACUACUUCCUCAUGUCCAAGUGGUGGUUUAAGACCAUGGCCGUGUGCUGCACCGUCUUCUCCUGCUGCUGCUGCUGUUGCUGCUGCUGUUUCUGCUGUGGGAAGUGCAAGCCGCCGGAGGAGGAUGAUCACUACCAGUACGUGGACCCAGAGGACCUGGAAGCCCAGAUCAAAGCUGAGACGGACAGAGGUGACACGGUAAUCAUUGUGCAGCCCAUACCUGUAGCGGUACCUAUAGCUGUAACGAGUCCUGUGGCUGAGAGCAUCAGCCUAGGCCCUGCCAACUGCCUAGACCCUGCCAACAGCCUAGACCCUGCCAAUCCAGUGGUUGACAACCUGACCAGGCCAGUGGCUGCUGAGAACCCAGGCGAAACGUUGCCGGAGUCUAAAUGACUCGAAAGUGACAGUGUGGAUGAGCAUCGCCAGGGGAGGGCAGGUCCUCGUGACCCUAUUGUGAUCCAGCCACAUUCCAUCGCCAUCGAGGUUUCAGAGACCUCCCAGCCUGCAGCCAGCCAGCCCACCUCCAAGCCCCAGCAGUGACCCUUCCCUCCCAGCCCCAUCUACCCGCUGGAGCACUCCCCUACGGUGGGCACGGCCAGGCCCCUGUGGCCCCACACUGGAGCCCCCAGCAGCCAGCCAGGCCAACCGUCACUAGUGCCAGUCAACCAGCCAGCUAGUCAACCCCCCAUACUGUGGUACAGAUCUAACUUAAUGGACAUGAGCGGCAGGCUGCCAAGAGACCAGGACUCCUUCUGACAUGAUAUGUAUCUGUCUAUCCACCAAACUGAGGAUUGGAACACUCUAUCUCUCCAUUUCAUCCCUCCGUUUCUAUCCUCCCUCAUCUAUCCCCCCUUUCUCUUUCUUGUCUCUGUUAGAACGCUGUGGGAUUGGAGACUCUCUUGUUAAGUUCAGUUGGCGUUUUAAAUGGCCUGAGCCAAGCAUUCCACCUCCCUUGAGACUAAAGCAUGGAUCAGAGGGAGUAAAGGCUCCCAAACAGAUUGCAUGUGCUUCAUUUUAACUGCAUGCCCCUAUUGUACAGCACUGGCAAAUACAUACCCCAUACAUCCACACCCCUGUACUACAGCCACCACCCCACCACUGCCAGUGAUACCUCCAGCUACAGGUGCACCUACAGUAGUAUGCCACACAACCAGGGAUCUCCCCUCCACCGCCACCUGAAAGAGACCCAAGAGUGGGGCUGGAUAGAGUAGAGAUUCAAGAACAGUGAAAAUGUCGGGUGGAUAAAACAAGAAAAAUGUGUUGAUUGCUUAAUUUCAUUGCUAACUGUCAUAAUUAUGUUAGUUCGACCAAAGCCAAACUAGAUGCCACUCACUCCAUGUGUUCAACAGUCAGCUCCCAAAGAGACGUUUCUCCUCAUGCCACUAGAGCCAACCUGAGAGGAUUGUUUAAUUGAGGUGCAUGUAUGUAUUUGGGUCUAUUAUGCACUUCUGAAACCUGUGAAGUGGGUAAAUGAUCAUUUCCAAUGGACUGUUGGCUAACAUGGGUCCAGCCAAGUGCUUACUGAAACCCACAGUCAGUACAAUGCACUCUGUAUGUAUUGGGUGGAACUGACUACAGCUAGCUAACUGCAACCAAACGACUUAUCAAACGUUUCCCAUCUCAAAUGGUGGUUUUGCUUUGCAUUCUCCUCAUAGUCUGAUGUAUAAUGGAGAUACAGGGGAGUGGGUAUGUACUGUAGGGGUCUGUUUGACCUAGCCACUAAAGACCAUGCUAUGCCACAUCCUAGAUGACUGCUUUGUUCAUUGUACUGCCUACAGAGAUAUCCCAUCACCGAAUAUUUGAGAAGUAACACAACAGGCUGUUUUCCAUGGGGUUUUGGUGGACUGAUUGCCAUGUUUAUUGUUUUAUGGGCUGAAGAGGCACAACUACUAGUCUCAGUGAUGAGAUGAUACAAUGUCCCAUAGCAGGGUUAGGAUCUGUAAAGAUCGCCCAACCAGCAGUUUAUCUGUACUUAAGUACAGCUCUCUUUAUAACCCUGGGGUGCAGUCAGAGGUUUCUCAAUGUUGUGUAAUCAGAAUAGUGAAAACGGUGAAGUGAAUGAAUGUCAUAUUGUCAUUGAGAGUCAGUCAGUCCCAGGUGUGUGUGUGUGUGUGUGUGUGUGUGUGUGUGUGUGUGUGUGUGUGUGUGUGUGUGUGUGUGUGUGUGUGUGUGUGUGUGUGUGUGUGUGUGUGUGUGUGUGUGUGUGUGUGUGUGUGUGUGUGUGUGUGUGUGUGUGUGUGUGUAGCAUUGUACAACAUCGUUAUUGGUUUGUUCAUGUAGUGCUGAGGUCAGUCAGUCAUUCAUCCCGCUCCCAGUUUUUUCUUUUGUGGUUUGUAAUUUGAAAAGGGUGUUCUGUGUUUCCUGAAGAGGGGCUAGUAUAUGGCCUUUAACCACCUUGUGUUUUGGCUGAAGAACCACCCUGAAGAUAAGCUAAACUAAAAUAAUGAUGUCAAAUGAUGUCAAGCAGCCAUUUGAUCUUUUGUAGCUCUCUCCUGAGUGUUUACAUAGAAAUGAUCUAUCAGCAGCAUCAUUUUGUUACUGCAACUAUUGCACCUUUUCUCACCUCUUCAUAUCAAUAAGUUAACAGCUAAAACCCAUCUGAAAUGUCAGACUGUUGGUUGUGUUUUCACAAACCAUAAUAAACAUAACAGUACAGUAUCUGGCCCCAGGGCUCAGAGAGGAGGAAUAUAUUUAUUCUGGUGAUCCUUAUCUGCUGUAAAUAAUAAUAAUCACAACCACUUGUCACAUGCAAAUAACAUUAUUUGAGAAUCCCUAUGAAUGGGAAAUGUUUUAAGAAUCAACCCCAUUUAAAUGAUGUACAUUGUCCUUUAUUUAUUUUUUUAUGUUAAACCGAAAGAGCUGUUUUAAUAAAACAUGUUGACAGACAGUUGGGAAGAGCGAACCCUAGGCUAGCCAACGUGGUCCUUACCAAGCAGCAACUGGUUGACAGAGGAACUAGGCUAUGUUUUAACUGGUUGACAGAGGAGCUAGGCUGUCUCAGCUGGUUGACAGAGGAGCUAGGCUGUCUCAGCGGGUUGACAGAGGAGCUAGGCUGUCUCAACUGGAGACAGAGGAGCUAGGCUGUCUCAACUGGUUGACAGAGAAGCUAGGCUGUCUCAGUGGGUUGACAGAGGAGCUAGGCUGUGUCAGCGGGUUGACAGAGGAGCUAGGCUGUCUCAGCUGGUUGACAGAGGAGCUAGGCUGUGUCAGCGGGUUGACAGAGGAGCUAGGCUGUCUCAACUGGUUGACAGAGGAGCUAGGCUGUGUCAGCGGGUUGACAGAGGAGCUAGGCUGUCUCAGCUGGUUGACAGAGGAGCUAGGCUGUCUCAACUGGUUGACAGAGUAGCUAGGCUGUCACAGCUGGUUGACAGAGAAGCUAGGCUGUCUCAGCUGGUUGACAGAGGAACUAGGCAAUGUCUUAACUGGCUACUCCACCAUAGCUCUGGUCUACAGUAACAGGCAGGCAAGACAGUAAGUGUAUAUCUGCUUUGAGUGUAAGGCCAGGGCUGUCCCCAUGUCAUCACUCCCCUAUAGAACAUGGGACUAUGGGGACUCGGCCACUAAUAAUAUGAUUGAUUGUAAUUUUGUCAAUUCUUUCAUUAUGUCAUUAAUUAUUCACCAUGAUGUCUUUCAUGGACAAAACUAUCUGUAAAUGUGUAUUUAUAUAUAAUGAAAUUGAAACAAUUAAAAGGGGGUUUUGUACAA